AUGGCGGAACACGACAACGUCGAAGUCGACGACGACAACUACAAUAACAACAAUGAAUGGAACACGGGAAGAGCAGUCUGUAUUCACGGUGGUGUCGGAAGGGAGUCCACCACCAUCGCCAACCGGCAAAAUAUCAAUUCCAAGUUUGAGUUUACAAAUAUAAAAUGCAUUUCGUUGGAUAAUAAAUAUGCUGAAUUCGAAUAUUGUUUUUUAAAGUCAAUUAAUCGAACCUACAAAUAUGGUUCAGUGAAAGUUAAUUUUCAUCAAAUUCCCGUCAAGCAAUUUACAAUCAACUUGGCCAUGUAUAAACGACUCAAUGGAUAUAAACCAUUUUUGUAUAAUAUCACAGUAAAUGGUUGUCGAUUUUUGGCAAGCAUUAAAUCCAAUCCUGUAGCUACUUAUUUUUAUGAUUUCAUCAAGCCGUAUACCAAUUUGAAUCACACAUGUCCCUACAAGCAUGAUAUUCUGGUAGAAAAGGUUCCAACUGAUUUUAUUAAUCAUAGAUUAACCAAAGUUCUGCCCUUUCCUGAAGGAGAUUACCUAGUCCAUAGCAUAUGGAUAGCUGCUGGUGUACAUCGUGUUGAACUCAAGGUUUAUGGAACGCUCUCAUAG